AUGUCUGUGGCCUUUGUACCAGACUGGUUAAGGGACAAGGCAGAAGUCAAUAAAGAGAUUACCCAGUCACUCUUGGAGAAGGAUAAUUACCAGCUGCUCUGCUGUAUCGCAGAAUAUCAGAACAAGGGCUGGGUGAACAAGUGCAUCCAGUACCAGCACAUGUCACAUAGAAAUCUCAUUUAUUUGGCCACCAUUAAAGAUGCCAGCCCAACCAAUACUUAA